AUGUCUCUCGAGCAGAGUUCGAUUCUAUUGAAGUUUAAUCUCCGAUCUAACGUUCGUCAAAAUAAUUUGACAUUAACACCACAUGAUCAAAUUACAUAUCCUACUUCCAAACCUACACCAACAUCAUCAAUACAUAAUACUCCACGAUCGAUACAAAAUAUUACAAUAUUCGAUAUGUCAGACGAAGAAGGGUUAGGUUCGUUGGUAACAGUAGCUAGGAAGUCAUGGUUUCAAGAUUUACAAAAUUUCUCAGGAGAUCCAAAUGAAAAUGUGGAAAAAUUUCUGAAAAGUCUGCCAUUAAAGAGCAGAACCGACCGCUUUCAUGCGGGAGAUUCGCACUGUCUGUUAGAAGCUAAAUGCAACAAAUGCCAUCAACAAUUUCUAUCCGGAAAUGAUUUACAGCAACAUCUACGUGAGAAAUGUUAUCCACGAGAGAGUCGUGACAGCAUUCAGAAUUUAACUCAACAGCUGGAAGAUCCUAACCAUAAAUCUCAAGUGCAAGAUAUAUUAUGGCGUAAUAAAGAAAUCUUUGAUCCGACACCAUCUGUCAUCAAUAUUGAGCCACAAUCUGCUAUCAAGACGAUCGAUCAUCCACCUAUAGUCUGCAAGCAGUAUCCAGCAAGUGCAAAAGAUCACCAGAUUAAAAAUCAAGAAGUGCAAAAAUUAUUAGAUCGAAACCAAAUAGAAGAAUCAACAUCACCUUGGUCGGCUCCUGUAAUCCUCGUGAAAAAGAAAGACGGCUCAACUCGUUUCUGCAUCGAUUACAGAAAAUUAAAUGACAUAACUAUCAAGAACGUCUUUUCUCUUCCUAAAAUCGACGAGAUUUUCGACCAAUUAGCAGAUGCUGUUUAUUAUACCAGAUUUAAUUUCCGUGCAGGAUAUUUCCAAAUACCAUUAGCCGUAUCUCACCGUUCAAAAACGGCAUUUAGCGCAAGAGACAACCAUGACCAGUUCAAGGUUCUUCCUCAGGGCAUUUGCAACGGACCCGCAACUUUCCAACGAAUCAGUAAUCAUUUACUCGGUCCAGCCCGUUGGCAUUACGCUUUAGCGUAUAUAGAUGAUAUAAUUAUCUAUUCUCCAACCUUCGAAGAUCACGUUAUCCAUCUCAACCAAAUAUGCAGCAAAUUAAACGAAGCAAAAUUCAAAUUGAACGCCGAGAAAUGUGCAGUAGCAAAAACCCAGAUCGAAUAUCUCGGUCAUGUUAUCAAGCAGGGAAAUAUUCGUUAG